GGCUCCGCCCGCCCCGGUAUAAAGCGGGGGAGAGGCGGCGGGCACCGGCCGCCGGAGACGCGACGCGACGCUGCCACGAUGCCCCUGGCUCAGAGCAGGGCUGGGCAGAUGCCAUGCAGCAGCAAGGUCUGCAGGAACCUCUUUGGCCCUCUGGACCACCAGCAGCUCCAGAACGACCUGAAGGACCUGAUGAGGCAGCACCUGGAGGAGGCUCAGCAGCGCUGGAACUUCAACUUUGAGACAGAGACUCCCUUGGAUGGACAGUUCAAGUGGGAGAGGGUCUUCCAGGCUGAGCAGCCAACCCAGGAAGCCCACAGCCUGGUCAGUGCCAUCAGGACCGAGCAGAGGGGCUCCAGGGAUCACCCUGGCAGGGUUUGCCCCGAGGGCUCUCAGCAGAGCUCAGGGCUCCACAGGGCUGGUGCUCCACAGAGCCUGAAACGGGGGCAGACCACCAUCAAAGACUUCUACAGCUCCAAGAGGAGGUUCACCCCUGACAAGCCCAAGCCUGACAAGCCCAAGCCAUGACCUGGCUGUGCUGCCCCCCUCUGCCCUUGGGGACAGCUGCUGCUGAUGUGCCCUGGAGGUGUGGUGGCUCUUUCCCCCGUACUGCCCUGUGUAAGCUGUCUGUAUGAAGCAAUGUAGAGUCUGUAGUUCCCUAUUUAUGAGUAGCUCUGGGGUCCUGAGGGACCUCCUCUGUGUGCAAUGUCUAGGAGUAGCCCAUGUUGAGGUUUGCAGCCCCCCUGGAGAUGGUGGAGGACUGGAAUGGGUAUGGUGGGACUGAGGCCUCGCUCUACCUGCAGAGAAGAGGAGCACCAAGAAUCAUCCUGGCAGCAUCCUGCUGUCCAGCUGUGGUCCUUCCCCUGCCUGCCCAUGGAAGGACUCUUGGUGGCACCAGGAAGCCACCAGCAUGGAUUGUGGAGCCCUGGAGCAGCCUGGCACUGAGGACAGCCUGGCUGCUGGUGCAUGGGGGUGGCCUCCUUCCGAGCUGGAUGGAGCCAGCAGGGGCAAACCCUUGUGGAAGCAGAGAGCUGAGGGCUGCUUGGAAGAGGAAGCAGCAUUCCCUGGCCAGCCCUUCCUCUGGGUGACUCACCAGUGCCAUCAGAUGGGCUGCAGGUGGUGACAAACCCUCUGCAGGUCCCUAGGGCUUGAGCUCAUUGUGGGACCUGCCUUGGGAGCCUUUGGGGUCCCCUGCUGACCCAGACUCCGCUUUCUGCCCUCGUCUGGGGCUUGCUG